AUGGUCCAACUCGCGCAGCUCCUCUCCCUGGCCGUGCUGGGCGCCACCUCCGUGAUGGCGGGUCCCAACCGCGCCUUCAUCUACAGCGACACCAACUUCCGCGGCGCUUACGCCGAGGUCCCGACUACCAAUGUCUGCCAUAAUGUUCGGGACCUUAAGGCGUGGAAGGACCUGACCGGCAAGGUGGAGUCGGCUGCUCUUACUCCCGGCAUCGUGUGCUCUUUCUACAGUGACAAGGACUGCUUUGGCCGUGUUUACACCACGGAGGAAUCGGCCGCGGAUCUCGCGGACGAGGCGUAUGGCGUCGGAGAGGCGGUCGUCAGUGUCAGCUGCGCUAUUGCCAAGCAGGCGGAGCAGGCUCAUGAAGACGCGGAGGAUGAUAGCAUUUGGUUCAACAAAUAA